GCUUAAUUAUGCAGUUUCUUGAGUGUAAACUGAGAAGUGUGACAUUGUUUGUGACUCAGACAUCACAACAUUUAAUGCAUAUAUAUGAUUUUUCUUAUUAAGUAUAUUCGAGCCCCACGAAAAAAAAGUGUUCUGAAAGUGUUUUAGAUUCAUACUUGGUAGACAUAAUGGUAUAUUUGUCAUAUUAGUGUUUUAAUUACUAAAUGUAAAGUUAAAGGAAGUCCCCACCCGUUGGUUCUCUAUACAGUUAUAUUUGGUCUGAUAGGAAGUAAGCAUCGUGACUGUGUGAUUUCCACUGCUCGGAAAAAGAGAAAUGAAGGAUAGACUGGGUGAUCUGAGUGGGGUUGUGUCCAAAAAACCCCCAGAGGAGUACAUAGACAAUGGAGAGCUGGAGCAGCAUGCUGUUGUGUUUGAGGGUGAGGAUAUCUUGGACGAAGUGUUUAAGGAGGCCCAGUCUAUGCACAAAAAAAUAGAACACCUCAGAACUGAGGUGAAGAGGCUGGGCAAGCAGAACGCCCGUUUUCUCACUUCAGUCCGACGAAUCAGCAGCAUCAAGCGGGACUCCAAUGCCAUUGCACGCAACAUCAAAGCUGAAGGAGAGAAGCUGUAUGCAAGGCUUCAGAAGAUGGAGGCACAGUGCAAAGAGCUUGAGGAGAAACAAGGCACCCACUCUGCGUUAGCCCGUAUGGCACGCUCCCAAUACAACUCUUUAACCAGUGCUUUUCAUGGUGCCAUGUCUGAGUAUAAUGAGGCUGAGAUGGCACAAAGGGAAAACUGCAAGAUACGCAUCCAGCGACAGACAGAGAUCAUGGGCAAGGAGGUGACUGGGGAUCAGAUAGAAGAAAUGAUCGAGACUGGUAAGUGGAACGUCUUCUCAGAUGACCUUGUCACUGAUGAGCGAGCGUUCCGCUCAGCACUCAGCGAGAUCGAGAACCGUCACAAGGAGCUUCUUGAGCUGGAGAGCCGCAUUCGGGACAUUCAUGAGCUGUUUUUUCAGUUGGCCCUGCUGGUCGAGCAGCAAGGAGCUAUGGUGGAUAACAUUGAGGCUAAUGUGUGUGCAACAGUAGAUUUUAUAGGCAAGGCUACAGUUGAGAUUAAGAAAGCUGUCGUAUAUCAGAAGAAGAACCCAUGUAGGCAACUUUUCUGUUGUUGUUUCCCAUGUUGCAAUAAGUGAGUUAUAUCCUUUACUGCCUUUUCACAUGUCACUUAUUUCAGUAUUACAGGUUAGCUUCCAAAAUGCAUACUGCAUUUGUGUAUUUAAUUGACUUGGCUUUGGUGGCGUUGCAUGUGUUUGUUGCACAAUAGUCAUGAACAAGUGUGUACAUUUCACCAGCCCUGUUUUUAUACAGUUAUUGAGAAUUCAAUAGCUGCCUGAACAUGUUGUGGCAUUGUGUGUCCAAACCAGUAUCUUGUUAACCACUGGAGCAAUAAAGAAAAAAAGAAAAAAAAACAAAACUGCUUAUAAUCAUAAUGGAAUCUGCUCUGUGUUUAAAAUGAUGAUACCUGUGUAGAAAUGAAUUGUAGUAGAUUAUUUAUGUUUUAAAAUUAAGAUGUAUAAUAUAAGUGCAAAUGGAAAAAGCAGCUUUAUAUUUAAGUUGGUACAUAAACUUUAUUCAUGUAAAUUGAUUUCAUAACUCAAUAAAUGACUAACUUUGA